AUGUCAGAUCCCUCCACAGACAAGAAGGACGAGCCUGAGGCCACGGCUGAGUCUUCUCUAGAACCCCUAGCUGUAACGUCGACACAUGUGUUCCCCAACCUUCGAGAGGAUCAGAUACUUCCCGCCUCCCCCAUCUCCACCCCUACCUCCCUCAGAGCCAACCUGGCUGAGCCUUUUGAAGAAGUCACUGAGGCAUCGUCCGAGCGAGAGAGGCUUCUGAUGGAGUUACUAGCUCGAGAAACUGAGCGGAAGAAGGAAGGGGAGAGGGAAGGAAGGAGUGCAGUAGAGAACUCCGCAGACAGCCGAGACGAUAGGGUGGUGAAAAUGCUAGAGGAGAUGCAGAGGAAUCAGUUGAAGCAACAUGCUGAUCUCAUCAUGGCGUUGAAGGAGAUUACUGCUGCUUCACUUUCGCGGAGCGAAGCUCGUACCGGUGGUGAAGGGCUGAUAGUGAAAGCUGGUGGGGUUGUGAUGGAUGAUGUAGAUGAUGAGGAGGAGGAGGAGAGAGGAGUGGAUAGAAGUGUAGUAGUGACGACUGAUUCGACAGCGGUAGGCAGUGAGGCAGCGGCCAAUACUGCUGAGUCUGGGGAGAAGAAGGACUUAGAAGAAGUCGUUAGAGAGAUGGAUGAUAGGAUGAAGGGCACUGCUAAGAUGCUCUUGGGAAAUCUAGUGAAUAAUCCGAAAUCGGAUAAGUUCAGACGAGUAAAUUUGCGAACCCCUCGAUUCCAAGCGCAGCUCGAUACGGGCUCAGCUGCGAGGAAGUUGAUGGAAGAAGUUGGAUUUAAGGAGGAGGGGUCCUAUCUUGUAUGGAGCCCGUCGACUCGUGAGGGAGAUUGUGAGGACGAGUUGGGUGAGGUGAAGAAGGCUCUAGCGUUGCUAUCAGGCGAGGUUAAGGAAGAUGGGUUCUCUCUAGAGAAUCCUCAGCCACCGGGGCAUCGCCUCCACACUAUGCAUGAGAGGUGGGUGGCGGAGGAGGAAAGGAUCAAUAGGAAACUUGAUCCGCUUGCAAGGAAAAUCCGACAUCUUGUGGACCUACAGAGGGACUAUGUCGCGGAGCGGGAAGAGGCGGAGUUGAGGGGCGCUACAUUCAAGCCAGCUAUUGGUGAAAGUCAGAGGAUGUGUCCAGGGGUGAGCCGGCUGAACGGCUCGAAGGCUGCCUCGGCUGAUGAAGCGACUGAGCAGAGGUGGAAGAGGAGGGAGAGGACAGCGCAGUUGCGAGGGGAGAUAGAGAGGCAGCGGAUGGAGGAGUGCUCCUUUAGACCGCAUAUUAACUCGAAGUCUUCACUCAUCGCCCAGAGGAGGAAUCCCUUCCGGAAGAGUCCAUUCGAGAUGCUCUAUGAAGAUGCUUCCCAGAGGAGGGGAGAUGUUCUUCAAGAGGCUCUCGUGAGUGGUGCUCACUAA